AUGGGGCUCUUCAGCUUUCUCAAGGUCAUGAUGAUCCUCUUCAACCUGGCCAUAUUCCUCGGUGGCGCAGCCCUCCUGGGAGUUGGCAUCUGGGUCACAGUGGAUGCAAAGUCAUUCCUGGAGAUAUUUGGGACGCUCUCCUCUAGCGUCCUGCAGGUUCUGAAUGUGAGCUACGUCCUCAUCGUCAUCGGUGCCAUCCUGCUGGUGCUUGGCUUCCUUGGGUGCUACGGCGCCAUGAGGGACAGCAAGUGUCUCCUGAUGAUGUUCUUCACGGUGGUGCUAAUCAUCUUGAUUGCCGAAAUUGCUGUUGCCGUGGUGGCUCUGGUCUACACAGGUCUUGCAGAGUCGCUGCUGACGGCUGUAGUGACCCCUCUUCUGAAGCAGAAGUACGGGGCGGACCAGGCUCUCACACAGAUCUGGGAUGUCACCAUGAAGGAGGCUCAUUGCUGUGGCCUGAAUAACUACACAGACUUCACUGGCUCGCCCUGGAAUGAUAAAAAUAAAACCUACCCGGAGCCCUGCUGUAAUAACCAGGUGCCCUGUGGUGAAGAAGCUGCUAUCCAAGAUGCCGUCCCGGGUUGUUUCAGUAAGAUCGUGCAAGAUAUCAGGAGUAACGCAGGUGUGGUGGGCGGCGUGGCAGCCGGUAUUGCUGCCUUGGAGAUUGCAGCCAUGGCAGUUUCCAUGUACCUGUUCUGCAAGCUGGAUGAGAAAUGA